AGCUGUAUUUAUAGCUUCUUCGAUCGGCUCUUAAAUCUCCACGACACCCUUCCUUUUUUCCACCCCAUCAAUUUCUCUGUCGAGUCGAGUAAGACACUCUGCUUUCGGCGAUCAGUCUCAGAAUUCCAGGCCGCCGGAAUCAUGAAGGUCUCAGGGCUCCCCACGGCGUUGCUCUCUGGGGUUGCCGCCGCUGCUUUGAUGCUCCUCCUCCUCCUCCCAGUCACCGACGAAUCUGAGGUCUCUGCACGUAAUGCUAAUGGUGGGGCUGUGGCCAUUGGACCUCUUGGCAGGAAGCUCAAGGAAGAUGGCUAUGGCCGAGGAACUGACGAGGGAACCGAUGACAGCAACGUGGGCAUGCGGGAUUACAGUCCCAUCGACCCAGUCCCGAGUUCGAAGACAUCGAUAAGGGCGGGCCCAUCGACCAUGGGACUCCCGUCAUACCUUACUUACCGGAUCCUGCACCUCCUAGUCCUCCCGUGCAAGGCAGGUAAAAUUCGGCUGAAGAUGUUGUUCAGUAGCUUAUUAUUAGUAAGUAUCGAGUUUGUAGAUACGUCAAAUCCGGGUGUUGCUGUAUGCAUCCUCUCGUUUGUUGAGUAGCUUAAUAACAUUAUGUAGUCUGUCAGUGGCUUGGCUUGUGGUUUGAUUCAACCUCGCAGUUUGUUCAUCGUCUCCUUCCUCUUUCGAUGUCUAAACUCCAAAGCCAAGGCUUCCGCCUCUAUUCGGUUUUCUUCCACCAAUGAUUCCAUCUAGGUGUAAAUGAGAAGAGACGGUUCACAAAUGAUUCAAGCUUGGCUCGAUGAAAAUUCGAAAA